AUGACAGCCCCGACAUUGACAUUGCAUGAACAGUUGAGCAUCCCCGAGCCAGGCGAGAAUGAGCUAGCGACGCAAAUUGCGCAGUGUCCCAGCAAUCCGCCGGUGUACGACGCACAAACCUUUCCAGAUGGAGGUCUGAAGGCUUGGUUGAACGUCGUUGGCGGAUGGUGCAUUUUCUUCUCCCUCUUUGGCUGGGUCAACGCAUUUGGCGUGUUUCAAAACUACUAUCAGGAAAAUCAAUUGAAGGAUUAUUCGGCCUUUCAGAUCUCGUGGAUCUCGUCCAUUCAGACAUUUAUUCUGUUCGGGGGAGGAAUUAUUGCUGGCAAGUUAUAUGAUAACUAUGGCCCGAAUGCGCUCGUCUUGCCGGGAUUCAUUCUGUCUCAAGGCGUCUGUACCUGUAUCGGCGAUGCCGCAUUGUUCACUGCUUCCCUCAGCACUUGUAGCACAUGGUUCUAUCGACGACGAGCCUUUGCCUUUGGGGUCCUCCUCACCGGAACUAGCAUUGGCGGGGUGGUGAUGCCGAUCAUUCUUGAACACUUAUUGGGACGGCUGGAUUUCGGCUGGGCUAUCCGGAUUUGUACCUUCAUCAACUUGGUCCUCCUAGUGAUUGCCCUGCCCACGGUCACAUCGCGUCUACCCCCGCAUCCGAAGCCCGUUUCAUUGUGGUACUACCUGCGACCACUGAAGGGGAUUCGUUUUCUGAUGCUGAGCGCAGGGUGCGCGUUGUUCUACUUGGGUAUGUAUCUGCCAUUCAACUUUAUCAUUGUCCAAGCACUGUAUGAAGGCAUGUCGCCCGCGUUGGCCGGCUAUCUCAUUCCAAUUUUGAAUGCGACAAGUCUAUUUGGCCGCAUCAUUCCUGGAAUAGCUGCUGAUAUGGUGGGGAGGUUCAACACCAUGGUGGCGAUGUGUGCAUUUGCCGGGAUCAUCGUCCUUGCGCUCUGGCUCCCAGGACGGGCGAACGCGCCAAUUAUUCUCUUCUCGGGUCUUUACGGAUUUGCUUCGGGGGCGUUCAUCUCCCUGAUCCCGGCCCUUACGGCGCAGAUCAGCGAUAUUCGAGAAAUCGGUGUCCGAUCUGGCACCCUAUGGCUUACUGUUGCAAUCGCGGCGCUUGUGGCCAGCCCUAUUGGUGGAGCGAUGGAGGUGCGCGAUGACGGUGCGUUUGAGCAACUCCAAAUUUUUGCUGGUGUGGUGAUGCUAGUCGGCACGUCUUGCUUCGGGGUUGCCCGCUGGUAUCUCAGUGGAGGGAACUUGAGGAUGUAUUUAGAUAUAACUGCGAUACUGUCGCUACUCAAAUUUUUAUUUAUUUCUUCCUCUUCCAGUACGACUGAACAGACAGGUUUGCCCUUUCAAUAUCAACAUUCCAAAGAUCUCGUAGAUGCUACUAAAGAACUUCAAACAAAGAUUGUGAGAACUACAGAUCAUAAGGCUGGCAGAUUUGUGAAGCUCCUACUUGAUAGAGGUGCCGAUGUUAACUUCCAAGGUGGAUACUUUGGCAAUGCACUUCAGGUGGCUUCGUUUAAAGGCCAUAAGGAGAUCAUGAAACUACUGCUUGAUAACGGCGCGGGCAUUAAUAUUCAAGGUGGACAUUUCGUGAAUGCGCUCAAGGCCGCUUCAGCUGGGAACCAGGAAGGGAUUAAGGGACUGCUGCUUGAAAAAGGAAUGGGUAUGAGCAUGCUAUAG